AUGUAGAUUAGAUGUACCUAAGCUGAUCAUCGAAAUCAAUAAAUAAUUGGAUAUUGCAUAGAUAGCACAUGCCCAAAUUAAAGGCCUUAUUGUCAUUUUUGCUUGCCUCGUCAUGGUCAACAUCUUGACAGGUUAACAUCUUAAGAACUUUUUAAUGAAUGGAUUUAACAACGAAUUCUUAGUGCCCACAAUGUAUAAAAGAAUGUUUAAGAGUGUAAAUUAUCCUUUGAUAGUUUUCUCAAUUUGUUGAUUCCUUAUAUUAACUUUAAUAUAUAAUAAUUCUCAGAAAUAGAAAUUUCAUAAAUUGAUAUCAUGAUAAAAGGAUUAUGUUAAUUGGAAGGUUGCGAGGAAAUAUUAUUUAAACAACUUAAACAGUCUAUCGAAUAAAUCAAAUAGAUUAUAGAUUAGAUAUUAAAAAAAAUAAAGAAUCAGACAAAUUAAAAGGAAAAAUGUAAUUAGUAAUCUCAAAAUUCUGAAAGAAAAUAAUUAAUAUUAGAAUAGUCAUAACAUCUAAGUAACUUUAAAACAAAUUCAAACCAGUUCACCUUUGAGAUCAUGAAUUUACACUCAAUUAAAUAAGAUAAAAAUUCUUAUUCAUUAGCUUUUAAUAAAGAUUAAUCUAUCGUAUUAGCUGGAUGUAGUAAGGAUAUUAAAGUAUUUGAACAUUAAUAAGGAAAAUUGAAUCAGGUUUAAUUGUUGAGUAUGCAUACAAAUGAUGUAUUCACUUUAAAUUUUAUGAAAAAGACUAAUAAUUUUGUAUCUGGAAGUUUAGAUUAUUCAAUUAUAAUAUGGAAGGUGAUUGGAAAUAAUUAAUGGAAUUCUUAAUAAAUAUUAGAUGGACAUUCUAGAAGUAUAUUUUGUUUAUUGUUAAAUAAUACUGAUGAUUUAAUGAUAUCAGGUAGUUCAGAUAGUACAAUCAAAUUUUGGAUGAAAUAGAAUUAAUGGAUAUGUUAAUAAACCAUAAGUGAUCAUACUGGUUAAGUAUCUUCAUUAAGUUUAAAUGAAUAAUAAAAUAAAUUGAUAUCUUGUUCUAUAGAUUCUUAAAUAUUAAUAAUAGAAUAGUCUAAGUUGGAUAAAUAGUGGAGUGUUACAUAAAAGAUAAAAGUUGAUUAAUAUGGAAGCGAUUAUGUUUUAUUAAUGAUAACUUAUUUACAUUCUAACCUCAAUGUAAAGAAUAAAUGUAUAUAUAUGAGAUGGAUUCUAAUAAUAAAUAGUAUUAUAAGAUUAAGGAAGUUGCAGUAAAGUGUGAUUCAAAUAAUUGAGAUAGUUUAUUUCCAUAAUAAUACAUAAAGUCAAAAUGCCUACUUGUGAAUAAGAAUGGCAAGAAUGCGAAUUUAAUGAGAAAGAAACAAAAUGGUGACUUUAUUAUUUAAUAAUCUAUUUAAUUUGAUAGUUAUGUUCUUUAUGGACAAUUAAGUGAUGAUGGAGAGUAUUUGAUCACUUGGGAUUCAGGAUCAAAGGAAAUCUAAAUAAGAAAGUGUAAGGAAUAAUGA